AUGCUGAAUAAGGAAUCCAAUGAACCAGAUACAACACACGACCCAUACGCUGUACUAGAAAAGGGUAUUCAAAAACUACAAUUACCAAUUUCGGAUCUCCUACGAAGUCACAAUGAACUUGUUGUUCAAAAUCUAAGCAUAAUGUCCAAUUUGGCAACUAUACCCAAACUCGAUCAAGAUCUCAAGACAAGGCUAAAUAAAGAAUAA